GCGUUAGUAAUUUCGUACCCGGCCCACCGCACACGUAUGUAUAUAUACCGGGAGAAACCGAGAUAUUUUGCCCUGGGAAUGGACAGAGGUGUGCAGACUUGUCGUUAGAGAUUCGAACUGGCUGGACUAAACGCGGAGGAAUGAUUUAAAUUGGAUUUAAAACCAACGCAAAACCGUAAACUCGGUCCAGCCCGGUACUGGACCGCUUCUCGCCGUCGGUGGUGACUCACGGAGCUCGGGCCGUUCACGGAGCAUUGCUGACCGGUCGGAUAAAUCCACGGAAGGACUGACGGGAUUCCAGCAUGAAGUUCAAACCGAACCAGACGCGGACGUACGACCGGGAAGGAUUCAAGCGGCGGGCGGCGUGUCUGUGCUUCAAGAACGAACGUGAGGAUGAGGUGCUGUUGGUCAGCAGCAGUCGAAACCCGGAUCAGUGGAUCGUUCCUGGUGGAGGAAUGGAGCCGGAGGAGGAGCCGUGUGGAGCUGCUGUACGGGAGGUCUUCGAGGAGGCUGGAGUGAAGGGUAAAUUAGGACGUUUGCUCGGUGUGUUUGAGAACCAGGACCGGAAACACCGGACGUACGUGUAUGUGCUGACGGUCACAGAGACGCUGGAUGCCUGGGAGGACUCGGUCAAUAUUGGCCGGAAGCGCGAGUGGUUUCCCAUCGAUGAGGCCAUCGAGGUCCUGCAGAGCCACAAACCCGUUCAUGCUGACUACCUGAGACGCCUGCGGAUCAAUCGCUCAUCCACCACCACCAACGGAAACCUGCUCCUGCCCCAAACAUCUCCCAGCACCCUCACACCGCUCUACAGCGCUCCGGCGUCAGCCGCACGCAGAUAGGAUACACACACACUCCGUACAACACACACAUGCUUACAUGAACCACCCACACACAUCUCCAGGGCUUUUAUGACCCUCACAACACCUCAUGGGCACCUUUGGGACGUUCUUUAGAAGGACAAACCAAAGACGUGUGGGAUUUCCAGUGAAGAAUGCCUUAACCAUUUAGUUUUUAAGUCAGUUACUGUCAGCUGAUAGGUUUUAGUUGUUGUAAUGGAAUAAUAAUUAUUGACCAGCUUUAUAUAGCAGUUACAUGGAAGUGCACUUCCAUUAUUCCUCCAUCACACUCACCCACAGAGCUCGGCAUUCUGGGAUUGUGACGUGGGGAAUGUCACUUUCAUUCCACGCAGCGUUAUCAGCGUUUGACCUCUGAAUUCAGUCGGUUUGCGCUGUCUUGACCCCAGACUUCCCUUUAAGACUCAGACGAGCCCUUUAAAAGCCCCCUUCACUGCUGCUCCUGAACGGAUAACUGGAUUCCUGAAUGCAUCAGAGAUUCCGGUCGAUGAGAUUCCCGGGAAUUAGAUGAAGAGCAGGAGGGUCGUAAUCUCAUUUUAUGCUUUGAUUAAAAAACAAACGUUUGUAAAUUUACUGAAAGACUGAAGAUGACAAAUGAUGUAUGAUGGUUUUUAACUACAAUGCAAAUGUAUUAAUCUUUUCUGCUCUUAACUCUUUCUAUGAGGUCUUUCUUUAGGUGAUUUUGAAAAGAACAGAACUGUGAAUUUUGUCAGAGAAAAGAAAGAAAUGUUAACGGGUAAAUCUCAUGGAACUGGUCAAGAACAUGCACAGGUCAUAUUUCUCUCUCUCUCUCUCUCUCUCUCUCUCUCUAUAUAUAUAUAUAUAUAUAUAUAUAAUUAAAGAUAAAGUAGCCUUUUUAAACAUAAUGAGAAUUUUUAUGACACAUUUUCCUAUAUUGUUAUUAAUAUAAUGCACAAAUAAUUGUGUUAUUUAAAUUAUAUUGUAUUUAUGCAUUGUGGUAUUAUUUGUUUUACUGCCCUUAAUUCAUGCUUAUUUAAUUUUAAACAAUAUUUUGUAUCAUAUUAAAGUAAUUGAAAUCUAAUGAGUAUAACAACUAAAAAUGGGAAAUAAGUUCACAAAAACAAAAUCUAAGGGGACACUGAAAUGGGCUUCAUUAAAAAAAUUAUGUAUAAAUCUUUAUUAAGUUUAAAGAUUAAAUGUGUGUGUGUAUAUAUAUAUAUAUAUAUAUAUAAAGAAAUAAAUCAUUCAAAUAGGUUUAAUUGUCUUUAUGCAAUAAUAUCUCUCUAUUUGUAUCUUUUAUAGAUCACUAUAUAUAAAAAAAAUCAUUAAAAGUCAUUAAAAAGGCUACAUCAAAAAAUAUACAGCAUAUACAUGAAAUAGGAGCUGUAAAUGUUUCAUGAGAUUAACCCAAAUUGAUCUUUGGCACCAGCAAAGCCUUGAAUAUCUGUCAGAUGUGAGGAUUGGGUGCCUUUUUCCUCUUUUAAAACUUUAACAACUCAUUGUACUGUCACUGUUUUUUGUUUGAAACACUGAUGAAUAUUUGUUGAUGGCUGCUGCUCUGAAUGCUGUGAGUGGGCUGAUCUCAGAUCUGCUGUAAUGUUUGGAUGUGUGAAAAUGAACAGGUCAGCGCCAGUCGUUCGUUUGGAUUGAGCGGAUGUAAAAAUAACACUUUCCUUUAGAUUACAUUGAGAUGUGAAGUGUCAACAGCUAAACUAACUAAAUGUACAUUUACUAAAACAUUUGGACUAUGUCCUUUAAUAAAACAACAGACAGGAGUGUUAUGGUGAAGGUAUUUGCCACACGAGAUGUAUGUAUUUACAGUGUACUAUCUCGGGUUUUCGCAGUGAAUUCUGAUACUUCGUGAGGCGUGAACCGUAAACUGCUUUGGGCCUCAGGAGUGUUUUGGUAGAUUUACAGCUUUGUGAGUCAGACUAACUGUUUCUUACCUGUUCUGAGAUGCCAACGGGUCCACAGUUUCUGUAUGUUUACUGUAAUCUGUACAGAUGUUCAUAAUGGGUAUUUUUUAUUUGUCAAUAAAGAUUGUAUCACAAGGAA